UUUUAGUAAUGUCUUAGUCUAAUACGGUAAGAUUAUUGGAAGUAUAUAAGAUAGAGGAGUGGGGAUAGGUGAGUGAUAGCUGUGGUGUUGAGUGGAGCGGUCUCAACUCUCAUCUGAUUUCAAUGGCGACUCAAGGUCAAGUCAUUACCUGCAAAGCUGCGGUGGCCUGGGAACCCAACAAGCCCUUAACCAUCGAAGACGUUCAGGUGGCUCCGCCUCAGGCCGGCGAGGUCCGAGUCCAAAUCCUCUACACCGCUCUCUGUCACACCGAUGCUUACACCUGGGGCGGCAAGGAUCCCGAAGGUCUCUUCCCCUGUAUUCUCGGCCAUGAAGCUGCAGGGAUUGUGGAGAGUGUUGGAGAAGGUGUUACUGAGGUUAAGCCUGGGGAUCAUGUCAUUCCUUGUUACCAGGCUGAGUGUGGGGAGUGCAAAACUUGCAAGUCAGGGAAGACGAACCUCUGUGCCAAGGUUCGGGCUGCCACUGGAGUUGGGGUCAUGCUCAAUGAUCGCAAGAGUCGGUUCUCAAUUAAUGGAAAGCCCAUAUAUCAUUUCAUGGGGACCUCCACUUUCAGUGAAUACACUGUUGUUCAUGAUGUUAGUGUAGCUAAGAUUGACCCUAGAGCUCCUUUGGAGAAGGUUUGUCUUCUUGGAUGUGGUGUUUCAACUGGCCUUGGAGCUGUCUGGAACACUGCAAAAGUGGAGUCAGGGUCAAUUGUCGCUGUUUUUGGCCUUGGAACUGUUGGGCUUGCUGUUGCAGAGGGUGCAAAAGCUGCUGGUGCAUCCCGGAUUAUUGGCAUAGAUAUUGACAGCAAGAAGUUUGAUAUAGCAAAAAACUUUGGAGUCACUGAGUUUAUAAAUCCAAAUGAACAUGAUAAACCAAUUCAGCAGGUCAUAAUUGAUGGCACAGAUGGUGGAGUUGACUAUAGCUUUGAGUGCAUCGGAAAUGUUUCCGUGAUGAGAGCUGCUUUGGAAUGCUGCCACAAGGGCUGGGGGACAUCAGUUAUUGUGGGUGUUGCAGCAUCGGGGCAGGAAAUAUCAACUCGUCCUUUCCAGUUGGUAAGUGGACGUGUCUGGAAAGGAACAGCUUUUGGUGGCUUCAAGAGCAGGUCACAGGUGCCUUGGCUUGUAGACAAGUACUUGAAGAAGGAAAUCAAGGUUGAUGAGUACAUUACCCACACUUUGACACUUUCUGAGAUCAACAAGGCUUUCGAUCUUUUGCAUGAAGGGGGUUGUCUACGUUGUGUGCUUUCAACACAAGAAUGAGUUGAUCUUUGUCAGCCUUGCUUGUUUCGUGAAGAAUGGAUGUUUUGGGUUGCUUUAAUUUAAAUAAAUCUCGAGUGGCUAUAGUUUGUAAGUAAGAUCAUUUUGGUCUAUAAUAUGGAUGUUAUCUUACGGAUCUUUUGCCAGCUUGUGAUCAGAAGGCCUUUGCAAUGGAAACUUGAGCAUCCUUUUGAGUUAUGACUAUGGUAUUAUGUUUAA